AUGCGGAACGAUCUCCUGAAUUUCGUUCAUGACCAACUUCGCAAAAACUCGCGUCAGCCGUAUGCUGUCAGCCCAAAAGCAGGCCAUCAGACUUCUGCCGAAUCUUGGGGAACAGGCCGAGCUGUAGCCCGUAUUCCUCGUGUUCGUGGUGGAGGCACUCAUCGUUCUGGCCAGGGUGCCUUUGGAAACAUGUGCCGUGGAGGCCACAUGUACGCCCCGACUAAAACAUGGAGGCGCUGGCACCGUCGUGCCUGGUCUGACAUUCAAAAGGUCUACCAGUCCAAACGUUUCCGUGCAGGCAAGGGCAAGAUGAGGAAUCGUCGCCGAAUCCAGAAGCGUGGUCCUAUUGUCAUAUUUGAGAAAGAUGAUGGUCUUACCCGAGCUUUCCGGAAUAUACCAGGAAUUACACUCCUCAAUGUCAAUCACCUGAACAUCCUUAAGCUGGCUCCUGGUGGCCAUAUGGGUCGCUUUGCCAUUUGGACCGAGGGUGCUUUCCGUUCUCUUGACAAACUUUAUGGAACCUGGAAAACGCCAAGCACAAAGAAGGCUGAUUUUAGCUUGCCAUCAACAAAGAUGACGAACACCGAUCUUAACAGACUUCUUACUUGUCGUGCGAUUCGCAGUGUCCUGCGACCGCGGCGUAUGAGGGCCUUGCGCAAGGGCCAGAAGGUCAAGAAGAACCCAUUGAAGAACAUGCAGGCCAUGUUGAAACUCAAUCCUUUUGCCCUCGGCGAGCACAACAUGCGUGUGGCUAAACAGAAGGCAGCACUAAAGAGGAAGCAGGAGCGGCUCGCAGCCAAACAUGCCCCAAAGAAACCGAAAACAGAAGGGGAAGGAAAGACAGAAGCCAAGAAGGCGAAAGCUCCAAAGGUGAAGAAGUCAGAGGCAAAGGAUAGCAAGCCCCAAAAGGCGUAA